AUGGAUGAUACUAAUACCACUGUGGGUGCAAGUAAUGUGGGAUCAAGAAAAAGGCAAAGAAAUAGAACCAAACGGGAAGAGAUUAAAUUAAAGAGAAAUCGGACCACUACCGUUAAGUCAUUUAAAAAUCCCUGUUCGCACAAGGGCCCUACAUAUUGUUGUUCAGAAAUAAAUCUUGGAGAUGUGCAAGAAAUACGAAAUUCUUUCAAUGCCACUAACGACAAGAUUCAACAGGAUAUCAAAUUAUGCCAUUUUUUGUCUGCGACUGCUGCCGAACGUAAACGAUCCAUCAAAAACCAACCUAGAAAGCGGGAGUUCGCUGUAGCAUAUUUCAUACCAAAACGACUUUCUAAAAAAAAGAUUCAAGUGUGUCAAGCCAUGUUCUUGAGGGUACUCAAUAUCUGCAAGGAUCGUGUUAGGCGUGUAGCAAAAGUUUGUUUUGAGGGUAAAAUACCGAAGGAACUUCGAGGAGGUGACAGAAUUUCCAAGAAGCACACCCACACAAAACAAAAUAUCAGACAAUUUCUGGAUGGGCUACCUGCUAAGGAAAGUCAUUAUAAUAGAAGAAAAUCAAAACGAGUUUAUCUUGAUUGUAGCCUAACCAUGAGAAAGUUAUUUAACCUCUAUAUAGAACAAUGUGCACCAGAAUUAAAGACUACAAAAUUUGAUAUGUUUAGAAACAUUUUUAUUAAUGAGUAUAAUAUAGGGUUUAGCAGUCCUGCUUCAGAUUGUUGUGCCCAAUGCAUGAGACUGAAAUAUCUGAAAAAUAAGGAACGGGAUGAGGAUGCAAACAAAAAAAUCGCUCUGGAGCUAACAAUGCAUAAGAAAAGUGCCAAUGCAUUUUACGAAUCAAUGAGAAGUUUAUCUGAGAACUCAUACACUUUCUGCUUCGACCUGCAACAGGUGCAGCCUUUGCCCAGAACUCCCAUCAAUGAUUCAUUCUAUUCACACCAAGUUAGCUUGUAUAACUUUUGUUGUGUUGACAUAAAAGCCAAAAGUCCUACAUUUUAUAUAUGGACUGAGGACCAAGCCGGGAGAGGUGCUGAAGAAAUUGGAUCUGCCUUGUUCCACCAUUUAAACAGCCUUACACUCACAGACAUUUAUACACUGAGAUUAUUCUGCGACGGUUGCGGCGGACAAAAUAGGAAUUCGUACAUCAUCCACACUUUGUAUUAUUGGUUGAAAUUUAAAGCUCCAACAGCUGUAACAGAAAUUAUAAUAACGUACCCGGUCCGCGGUCACUCAUUUUUACCAGCCGACCGAGUGUUUGGUCGCGUAGAGAAAGACCUUAGGAAGCAUCCAGUUCUAAUACUAAAAAGCGAUUAUGAGACAAUCUACAAAAGUCAUGGAGUUGUCAGGUCACUCGACAGUGGCGAAGAAAAUAGCUGGAAAAUCUACAACAUCAAAGCUCUAGAAGAAAAACUCAAGAAGAUGAAUGGCAUUUCGGAUAUGAAAGUGAUCAGCUUGAAAAAAGCUACUACGGGAAACGUUUCUGUAUGUGGCUUUCAGCACUUUAGGUUUAGAACUGGUACGGAAAAAUAUACGACAUUAUCGAAACCACAGUCCAGAGGGAUACUCCAAUCAGACUGGAAAGUAAGGGUACUUGAAAGUCAAAGGGGCAUACCCGAGAAAAAGAAAAAAUCUUUGGGAAAUCUAUUAACCAAGCAGUUUGGAAACGAUUGGAAGAAUGACAAAAACUUGGCUUGGUACAAUGAUCUACUACAUAGGCAACCAAUCAACAAUAUGGAAGAUGAGACAGCUGAACCUUGCGAUUGCCUCUCAGAAGAAAAUGCUGUGCAUAUUUAG